AUGGCUUCUGACGAUUCUGCUGCAGCCACAGCCUUACUGACCGAAUACUUGGGUUAUACACCCUUGUCGUUCGUGGACGAUGUCUUCAAUUCGAUCAAUACUAUCAUCUAUCUAAGCAUAGAGAAACUAGAAACAGGACUAGUCUCACUACCUCCAGAAAGACUAGGAUUUAAGGGCUCGAGAUCGAUCAACGGUGAUCAGCAAGUCAAUGAUGAGUAUGCCGAUGCUAAGCAGGAGAUCGAAGAGGGUCUUCAUCAACUUGAGACGUUACUGACAUCCUCUGCCGAUAAGAGGUUCGAUGCUUUCGAGAUCUACACCUUAAGGAACAUCCUGUCAGUGCCACAGGAUCUCGUCAACUGGAUACGACUGAGCCAUCAUGAGGGUAUCUCUCUGUCACAUGCUGAUGCGCCGUCACUCGAUACGAUAGAAGAGCUCCGUCGAAAACUUGCUGCAUCGCGAAUGGUAUCACAAUCCCUCGCUUCAGAGCACGGUCGUAACGAGACAAUACUAGCUCAGCUGAAAGGUAUCCUCGAUGGAGAUAGCAAGGACGAAACCCUACCCAACAUGUCCUUUAUGCCUGGCAAGUUACCACAGCAACCAUUCUCAGGUCAGCUACCACUCGCCACAAACACGAAUUUCGCACUUUCGCAAUUGCCCGCUCUCAAAACUACUCUUACGGAGCUUAGAGCCAGGUUGGCCACACUGAGAAGCAUGCAGCUCGGCCUCGAUACUGCCAAGGAUGAACGGCGAGAAGAAAGAAGGCAAUACAUCGAGCAACGAACAAGAUCACAUCUUGAACGCAAUGGGCGACUGGCUGCCAGUAACAAGGGUCCUUUGACGGGAAGAGUAACAAACCCGGCAGAAGUCGAAGCUCUCGAAAAGGUUGCUAACAUGUUCAAUCUUCCUUGA